UUACGCCACUGAUGUCGUAUAUACUAACAACAAAUCGCAAUAUAUGUAACCCUGCCGCCUAGACGGCGGCGAAUUGGUCGCGGAGGACAAACAUAGAAGCGGCGGCAAAUUACAGUCGGGAUUUCGCGGCCAGUGCAAAUCUACCAGGCCGACCGAAAAUGUCUUUUCAUUUCCUCACGAAAAAACGCGGAUCGGCGAACGUCGUGAAAUCAUAAUAAAUGAAUAAAUGAACUGAAGGCUCGACACGUUGAUCUCUUUCUGGAGUCUCCUCUCGAUGCCUCGCUUUUUUUCGAGGGGCUAUCGCGUCAUUGGUCCACGUCAGAACGUAUAAUAAAAACACUCCGGCACACGUUCGAAAUUUAGAACGCGCGCAUCAGCGAGAAGAUUCACAAUGACAAGUGCGAAAGAACACCGAUCAGCACACUGAUGAACGAGCGCAACGCAACCGCGAGUGACCGGCGCGGCGGCGAGCAACGGCGAGACAACACAAUGCCGAACGUUGCCGAGGUGAGCCGAAUAUCAUCGAGCGUUGUCGAGACAGAUCCGAGGAUUGCCGAACAGUCAGCCGUUCGGCGACGAGUCGAGUGCGCGCGAAUAGUUUGAUUAUGUUCCGACGAUCAAUGCAAGAUACCCUACAGUCACACCACGAUGACUACUUUCUGCUUCGCUGGUUAAGAGCAAGAAAAUGGGAUCCUACUGCAGCCGAAAAAAUGCUGAGAAACUCGAUAGAAUGGCGAAAACAGUGGGAUGCUGAUAAUUUGGACAAAUGGGAAAUUCCUGAAAUAAUAAAACCAUACCUUCCUUACGGAUUAAGUGGAUUCGACAAAGAUGGAGCACCAGUAAUCGUUAUACCAUUUGUCGGUAUGGACAUGUACGGAGCAUUACAUGUAAUAACACAGAAGGAAUUUAUCAAACUUAUGAUAAAAGUGUUAGAUAGUUAUUUGAACUUAGCCAAGGAACAAUCCAAGAAACAUGGACAGCUUGCUAAUCAAGUAAUCGUUAUUUUCGAUAUGGAAGGAUUUAAUCUUAAACAAUAUUUGUGGAAACCAGCUGGCGAGCUUAUUGUUACCUUCAUCCAAAUGUACGAAGCGAACUAUCCGGAAAUUCUAAAGAUGUGCUUCCUGAUCAACGCUCCAAAAGUCUUUGCUUUCGCUUUUACUUUUAUUAAGAAAUUUAUGGACGAUUAUACUUUGUCAAAAAUACAAAUCUACAAAACCGAGCCAUCGAAAUGGAAAGCAGCACUUCUUAAAUUCAUACCGAAAGAUCAACUACCUGCCCAUUAUGGUGGAAUACUAACGGAUCCAGAUGGCAACCCGAAAUACACUUCAAAAAUCUGCCAAGGUGGUAAGGUACCUAAAGAAAUAUACAUCAAGAAUAUGGAUAAGUUAAACGAGGAUUACACUACCGUCGUUGUUCGGAAAGGAGGAAAGUUAGAAUUCGAUAUUUCUGCACCCGAAGUGGGUUCCAUCUUAAGUUGGGAAUUUCGAAGCGAAGGUCAUGACAUCAAAUUUGGAAUUCUGAAAAAAGACGUGACUAAUGGAAACAAAAUAGAAGUUAUACCUAUUCGGAGGGUUGCAUCUCAUCAAUCGGAUGAAAUUGGAUUAUUAACUUGCGAAACUCCGACGACUUAUUACGUCGUUUUUGAUAAUACCUAUAGUAUUCUAAGGAAUAAGAAGGUUCAUUAUUCCGUACGUAUGUUACCACCAACAUCAGUGGCAUCAAUUAUGUAAUAAAAUGGAUCCUUUUAGAAAAUUUACAAUUAUAUUAGUUCUUCGUAUUUCAUACUUGUAAUAUAUCACGCUAAAAUUUCGGAAGGAUGUUACGUCAUAAUUUUAUAGUAAUAUAGAUAUAAAAUAAAUUCUUUGUAAUUUAUGGUAUUUUACAGUAAUAUUCUAAUUGAUUGUUUAUUUAUCUUUCUUAUCUUAUUGCUCAAAAGUGUAGAUUGUAGAUUAUUACAAUAUAAUUAUAGCAUAUAUAUAUAUAUACAAAUACAUAAAAAAUAAAUAUUAGUUAAAUUUAAGUAAUCUUUAUUUGUAUUUCCGAUAUCUUAUUUCAAAGUAGGGUAAAAAGGAUGAUUAUAAAAAAAGAAUAGAUAUACAAUAUAAUCGUACGUGAAAAAUGUGAUUUAUGUACAUUUAUAAUUCAAUAUGUAUUUUUAUAAAAAGAAAUAUAGAAAUAUAUAUUACAAA